AUGCGCUGCUGCUGUGCCCUCGCAGCCGCAUGUAUUUGCUUAUUUGCUGUGCAGGGUGCGAUAGCACCAACACGAGCAUGCGCCCAAAGUGACUGGCGCUUCAGCUUCGGUGUUUGUCAUGAGGGCCUCCGACAUAUUUACCCAUACACACAGAGAUGCGACGAGACGAAGAGUCCUGUGAAGCCCUCGCCACUUUUCAACGUGUCCUGUCAUAAAACCUGUCCUGCGGGGACACACUUAGCAGCAAAGCUUCGAAAUGGCCUCACAGUACUCGACUGCGUGGAAUGCAAGCCGGGCUACUUCUCCUUGGGUGGCGGACUUUUGAUCUCCGGGCAGGCGGGAGAUUGGCAUCGGUCUUGGCCUCCUGGGCUCCGAACAGGUUGCUCCUACCGACGGCUGGAUGGCUCUUGGCACACGGAUGGCGCCAGCACUACUGGUCUUACGACUGGGGUUUGCCAGAUCCAGAUUCUGAGUCCUCCGACUGUUGCUGGGGCUUACUACAUCCGGGCAACACAUACGAGAAGCAAGGGAACAAGGUCCCCACCGGGUGUAGCUCUUUUCGUCUUGGCGCCGGGCGAUCGGCGCUUAUGCAGCAGGAUCUCUGGAAACUUGCACCCGCAGGCCAGCGGCUUCACUGGCCAGAGGCCUGGUGCAAGUCAAGCGGACAAUGGCCGCCGCAGCCUGAAUUUCUGGUUGCUGGCAGCAGCAGGUGGUUGUUCCUACGAUCGAAAAGCGCAGGUGGCGGGGAUGGCCGGAGCGCAGGGUGUGGUGCUCGCCCCUGCAGCUAUUUUGGACAUCGGUGCAGGUCCUCAUGGGCCUCCAGAGCACAGCCCGGGGCGAGACAACGUCUCCCGAACUGUUCCGAUCUAUGAGUUCCUGGACAGCCAGGAUGCCCAAGUCCUCGCCGCAGCGCUGCGCGUGAGGCCGAAGGGACAUGCGGAGAUGAUCCUGAAUGACACAGCCGUGCAGUUGUGUUCAGAGCCCGAGCCCUCGGCCUUACCCGAGAUGGGCACGCCGGGCAACGUGACGUACGGCUGCAAUGCUUGGACGCCAGAUGAGCUUGGCAACAGCAUCCACUCUGGUGACAAUCGCAACUUCAAUCGCAUGGUGUCGAGCUUGGAGCUAAGCGUGAACAUCGUGCGCAAGGAGGGCUACGUAGUCUUCCGCUACCAAGUGGAUGCAGAGGAGGGCUAUGAUGGCUUCAGCUUCGAAGUAGAUUGGAAGGAGGUGAACAGCUUAAAGGCUGCUAUCGGAACCUUGCCCCAGUUGCUGGAUGACCUGCGGAGCCACAACUUGCCUGAGAGUGCGAUUAGUGAUGCUGAACAGAACUUAAAAGUCGGAGUCAACCUGCUGGAAGCCAAUCUGCCUCGAAUCUGCUUCUUGGGAAAGACCGGGAGUGGCAAGACGUCGCUCAUGAAUGCUUUGCUCGGCAAGACCCUGCUGCCUGCGGAAGACACUGGCAAGGUCCUGAUCACUGUGAACGAAUGCAGCGUCGAGGAAUGGCGAGAAAAGAAACGGAUGCUGGUGAAUGUCAUGCAAGGUGGGUACGAAGACGAUGCGGGGGUCGACGUGGACGACAUGCAAAAUGUUGCCGAGGCUGUGCUAAAAGCUGCAUGUCCUGAUGUGGCGCCUGAAGAAGUGCAGCUUGAGACUCCAGAAGCGCCAGAGUUCCUCCAGCGAUUGGAGAACAGUUCGCAGAGGGAUCCCCAGCACUUUCAGUGCUCAGAGGAUGCACGCAAGUUCCUGGUGGAUAGGGUCCAUCUUGCGAGCUCCGAUGACUGGGUGCAGUCGGUGCUGACGUCGAGAGUCCUUAUCAGAGGUAACUUUCCGAAUGUUCCACAAGAUUGCAUCAUGGUGGACCUCCCGGGGCUUGAGGACACCAACCUUUUGCGAUCUUCGGUGGCGGAAAGAUACUUUGACCUCUACUGCAACCACGCCUGGUUUUGCCUCGCCAAGACGGAGAACCGAAUCGGCAGCAACGCAGGUCUCUCGCGCCAAAUCCGUGCACUUGCACGUGGUGGGAAUUUGGACAAGAUCCUUCUGGUGAGGACCCGAGCGGAUGAAGCCCCGAAGAAGGGCACCGAGAAGCUGGACAGAGAGCACGAGGAGUUCAAGCGCCUUUGCCUCCAAGAGCUGACGAAGCAAAGCUCCAGGGCGAGAUCUUCAGGCCCGGAGUCCGAAGUUGCCGGCGAGACGUCCGCUUCCUCUUCCUCUGUGCCCGCCAUGUCCUUCGCUGGCUAUGUCCAGGCGACGGCCGACCCAGGUUCGGAAGACAGGCCACCGGAAAUCAAGAUCGAAGCGGUGGUCCGCAAGCUUCAGCACGUCGGAGCCCAACACAUCCAAAAGCUGAGAACCCUCAUAAUCAACACCUACGAGGCGCUCCAGUCCCUGGCCCGAGAGCGCUUUCAGGAGGAGCAGGAGCGGGAGGCCGAGCGACAGCGUGAGGUGGAGCGGGAGGAAGCCCGGCGUCGCAUGGAAGCGCUGGAACGUCAGCAUCAGCGCCUCCGUGAGGAGCAGGCGGCCGACGAGCGCCGCAGGCAGCACCUGGAGGAGCUGCGCCAGGCGAGGGAGCGCAGAGCCCAAGAAGCACAAAGCCGCCGUGCAAACCUGGUGCUCAACUUCACACAAGCCCUGAACGACUCCAAGCGCAUGGUGCAGGAGCGUAUUGGUUUCCAUAUGCUUAGUGGCAAAGCAGAGACAGUGAUGCGAGGGGGCAUCUACGCUUCGACAUCGCGUGGUAACUUUGACCUGGUGGACACCUUCUGCGGAGCACUUACCAUCCGAGGCCAUGCCUUCGACAUCCUCACAGCGAAAUUGGACGGAUGUGCCCACGUCCUCCGCUGGCAGUAUGCAAAGGAUUAUAGUGGCUACACGGGCAUGGACCGCGCACAACUGCAGCUCGUGCAAGUGGUGGGAACGCAAUACGCAGACUUGGAGUGCUUCCACUGCCACGGAUCUGGCAUGCACAGCAUCGGGGGCGCAGACCACUGCAAUGCCUGCCUACGGAACCAGUACCUGUCGGCUGGUAGAUCCGCAAGCCUGGCCAGAUGCCAGCCAUGCCCCGCCGGCAAGUGGUCGGUACCCGGCAGCGUAUCUGCAGCCUCCUGUGUCACGGCCGAGAAGUGCACAAGCGAGUCUUUCAAGGUGGCACUUUCACCUUGCCAGAGUGGCAGGCAGCACCAAGUCAGGAGCUGGAUCCUGCCGGUGAUCUGUGAUGUGAACGACUCAUUGGCUGCCGCUUUGCUCCAGGGAGCGGCUGGAGAUCAGGAGUGUGUUCCUUGCGCGCCCAACACAUACCGGCCAAACAACGCCGAAUGCGUGCCUAAGACAAUCUCCUGCCCAGCGGGCCAUUAUGCAGUCACUGAACUCGUCCUGAGUCGAUGGGCAGAGUGGCCAAAGAACCUGUCCCAGGAGGUCAUCGGUCCGCAUGAGGAAGUGACGGGCACCGCCGAUGUCCCGGGUGGUUGGGCGCUGAACAACGGCAGCCUUCACAUGACCCUGGGAGUGGGCGGUAUCCACAUCACGGACAAGCUCGAAGCGAGAUUGCACCUGGAUGUUCAGGUGACAUUGUCGCCUGGCAGGGUGAACUUUACCCUGGAGCUCCCCAGCGCCGUGAUGUGGGCAGACAUGAGAUUCUUGGUGGAUGGCGUGGUCAGCUCCAACAUCCCCGGCUUUCAUGUGGAACAGCUUCCCAUGAGGGCGCAGCACGUGACCCGCUUCCAGGUCACCGGCCCACUCUGGCCUGGGCGGCACCGCCUCACGUGGAGCUGCCUGGUAGCCACUCACUGCUGGGAGCAGCGGGGAGCCCAGCGUGAAAUUGAUGAAAGCGGUCAUUUCGAUUUGCGGCGGGUGCGGCUGGUUCGUGUGGCCGUACAGGGAGCUGCAAAUGCAGGCAGCGAAUGGGCAAUGGGCACUCUCGAAGUGCUUGUUGUGCAGCUGAAUGUGCCCCUUGCCCAGCAGGACAGGUGGCACCGAAUGGUGCUAGCUGCCGCAGCUGUCCUCCUGGGCAUUUUCUCGCCAAGGAACUACAAUGGCGACUACAGGUAG